AUGCCCGUCACCGUCCGCAAAGUGUCCAGCCCCUCUGAGGAGGAAAUUCAGAAUUACUCUCAAGUCCUCGCGGGCGCGUUCAACUACAAGUACUUUGCAGGCGCGCUAAUGAACGACGUCUCGCUCCAAAUUCCUAUGCACCGCGCACACCUCGCCCCCGCGCUCACCGGCGAGGGUGAGGUCUGGAUCGCGGAGAUGCCGGUGGAGGGCGUCGUUGGCGUCGCCAUCUGGUUUGGUCCGGGGUUCAAGUUCCUCUCCUCCAAAGAGCAACGACAGGCGGGCUGGGAUGAUGUCAUGGCGAAGCUCGACGACAGGUGCCGAACCUGGUGGCCGAAGUUCCUUUCGGAGUACGACGCGCUCGUCGAGUCUGUGCUCGGGGAGGGCGUGAAGCUCGGCGCGUGGCAUCUCCAACUGAUCGGCAUCAAGCCGUCUUGCCAGAGGCAGGGCGCGGGCCGGGCUUUGCUCGAGGCUGUUGAAGCUGUGGCGCGUGAGGAGAAAGUUCCGAUCUGCCUUGAGACAACGGCCGGCGGGACGGGGGAGAAGAUAUACGAAGCGUUUGGGUACACGAUGCAAGGCGCCGGGCCCGUCAUAUGGACGAACGGUAAACAGGCGCAGUUCAAAGUGUUCAUCAAGCACACGGAGAAGGAGUAA